AUGGAGAUCGCAGAGACCACGGAGACCCCAGGCGGCCAGCGCGCGCGCUGCCGCCUCCAGCCGCCCGCCGCUCCCGAAAGCCAGACGCAGCGCGGGGGCGCGGACUCCGGGUACCGCGUCUCGGCCCCGCCCUGCGCCUCCCCCGCUCCAUCCCUCCCGCCUGCGCCUCCCCAGCUCCUCCCCUCCGCUCUCUCACCCCCGCACCCUCCAGGCCCUCGCUCAGAUGCGGUCGGUUCUCCCGGGUCUGGGCUCACGUCUCCUCUGCGCGCCUUGUGCUGCCCACCUCGCAGAUCCGCAGGCUUCUGGAGACCGUGGGUGGAAGACCGUGGCGAGAAGGAGGAGGAGGCGCCGCACCACGCCGCGGAGGCGAUGCCAGAUGGCCCCGGAAUAACGGACGCCUCAGGAAAGCUUUCCCGAUACAGACACCCAGUCAGACUAUUUUGGCCAAAAUCAAAGUGUUACGAUUACUUAUAUCAAGAAGCAGAAGCUCUUCUGAAAAAAUUUCCAAUUCAAGCCACAAUUUCAUUUUAUGAAGAUUCUGAUAGCGAAGAAGAAAUUGAGGAGCUGAUCUGGGAACAUUAA